UUCUUGAAAGCGCGCUCCCGUGACGUGCGCUCCUGUGGCUCGUACACUGUGCAAACUUCGGCUCUCCUGUACUGGUCAGUCCGUAACAUGGUAAUUCAGACUGGACUUCCCGGCGAGAAAGUGCCCAACCAGUGAAGUUCACGUGAUGGCUCUUGUGCCCCCCACCCCCACCCGCAUACCUUCGUGCAAGGCGGAGGUGCAUGCAUGCUCCUGCCUUAAAUCCCAACGUCAGUAAAACGGCCAAACAUGACUGGGUGAGUGAUACUUAGCAUGCAAACCCAGUUAGCAGCCCAGCCCCUGAAUUCCUUAUAAACGGCGGCGUGUCGGCAUGGAGACGGUGGUGAUCGUGGCCAUUGGAGUGCUGGCCGCCAUCUUCCUGGCGUCGCUCGUCACUCUGGUCGUCGUCUGCAAUCAGCGCUACUGCCACCCUGCCGGCCUGCUGCAGCGGCUCGAGUCCAAGCCCAGGGUGGACCUGAUCAGCGCCAUGGAGAACCAGGCUGAGCCCUCAGAGCUGGAGCUGGACGAUGUGAUCAUUACUAACCCCCACGUCAAGGCCAUCCUGGAGGAAGAGGACUGGAUGGAGGACGCCUCUGGGCUGAUGUCACAUGGCAUCGCCGUCUUAAAGAUAUGUCACACCUUGACUGAAAAGCUGGUGGCCAUGACGAUGGGCUCAGGGGCAAAGGUCAAAGCCCCCAACGGCCUCGGUGACAUCAUCGCCGUGGCCAAGCGUAUUAACCCCAGGGUGGAUGAUGUCGUCCGAAGCAUGUAUCCACCACUCAGCCCAGUGCUGCUCGACGCCAGAGCCACCGCCCUCUUCCUGUCCGUCAGCCACCUGGUACUGGUGACCCGCCAUGCCUGUCGCAUGUCUGGCAACCUGGACUGGAUCGACCAAUUGUUGCACACGGCUGAGGGUCACAUGGUGGCGUUGCGGGAGGCGGCGUUGGCGUCUGAGACUGACUGCAUGCAGCUGGGAGUGGAGGCUGUACAGCAGGAGCACACCAUCUGAUCUGCACCGCGCGCACACACACACACACACACACACACACACACAAGUUUGUAAUUAUAUCUUUGUGGGGACUCUCCAUUCAUUUCUAAGGGGAAACUCUAAUUACAACAUGGCAACCUUAAUCCCUACCCAACCUUAACCAUAAGUAACCACGCAAAAUACGAGUUUUUUGAUUGCAUUUACAGAUCUUCGUGGGGGCCUGAAAAAAUAGUCAGGUUUUAAUUACACUGUGGGGAACAUUUGGUCCACAUACACACACACACACACACUUUGUAUAUAUAGUAUAUUCGGCACAUGAACUAAGAUUGGCUUGAAUCACAUUAUUGCCUAUCUAUUUACAGUAAUACAUCUCUGCGAUACCUAUCCCACAGCCAUCACUGUACUGAGGCAUCACAUACAGCUGUUUCCAGUUGAGCGUCACCAAACACCAGCUUGCUUUGCGUCUAACUGACAAUGCCACACUCUGGCUUCCUAAAAGCCUAAAAACCAGGGCGAUUCCCAGCCACCCCAAGUCAGAUCCCCCUGGGUUUUGCGACAUUAACACCAAACCUGGCAUCACAGACUACCAAACCAUGGUUAGUUGGUUCUGUGGCAGUUUACCCUCUUACCACAUUUGGGGUGUGAAAAUAUAUUGAAAAUAAAUCACUAAUCUGACCUUCUAUCCCAAAGCAGCCACAAAUUAUUCAGCAGCCUGCUGCUGGGAUUCCAACUGCUUAUAGACGAGAGACCUGAUGUAUAUAAACAUAGUUGUUUUGUCCGGAAGGGAGCUUACAGUGAUCCACAACAGGCCCAUUGCAUCCAGAAUUUCUAGAAGUUCCAUUUGGCUGACGCUGUUCUGACAGACGUCACAGAAAUCCGUCACCAUGCCAGUCAGAGUCACGCGUCCAGGAUGGCCAGGUCACGAACGGUGGGUCUUUGCCAGGAUCAUCCCGGCAAAAAAAGGGGGGGGGGGAGGCCCGUUACCAGACCAUUACACCGGCGGCAUCAGAUUUUACGGGAUCUACUGCACACGCAGGAAGCAGCCAUCACAAUCGUCGUGGGAUGAGACUGAUGUUCACGCCUCUGUCAUUCCAAAUGCAACCAGCAGGCAAAAAGACUGAUUAAGGAGACGGAAGUAGGCAUGACGUCCGCUGUGGGAAACGCUCAUAACCACGGUCCACAGCCUCAAAGCUUUACAUUCCAGAAGGUCAACCAGAUAAAACCCCAGGCAGCCUUGUACGUACCUUUCGAUACGUCCCGCUGUGAUUCAGAUCAGAGGCACACUGCCACGACUGAAGUGACAUUGGAAAGAACACCUUGUUAUUCUUCUUUGAUUGCUUCAAUAUUAUUGACGAUGUCCUGCUUAGAGAUGCUCAGCUUCUCUCUUUCCACUGAUUUGUACAGAUUAAAUUGUUUCUUACAAAAUACAA